AUCCUUUCUUGUCCUACGUGGGUAAGAUUGAAUAGCAACUAAGGUGAAUCAAUUGGUUGUGGUUUGGAGCCGAUUGGAUUGGUUGUCGGUUGAGAAAGUUGCGUUGGACUGAGCCCGAAAAUCACCGAUUUGAAGAUCUUUCAAGAGAGCUUUCGCAAGAGGUUCAACUUAAAGCCUAACCCUAAAGUACAUAUAUGGCUAUAACCCUAGCCACAUUUUGUGAUGUUUUAUGUGGUUUUGUGAGAGAAAUCAAGGAAUCUCGGCUGUCCCUUUUGUGUGUGAAAAAAAGCCCUCUAGAAGUGCCCAAAACGCUUGUUUAACGUGUGCAAUUGGUGGUUCCUUCAUAGUAUACCUUUGUGAUGUCUUAUCCUAACCUUUGUGGCCACAAAUCAUCAUCUUUUCUUAUCCUACGUGGGUAAGAUUGGAUAGCAAUUGAGGUGAAUUAGAUUGUUUGUGGUUUGGAACCGAUUAAAUUAGUUUUUGGUUGAAAAAUGUACAUUGGAUUGAGCCCGAAAAUCACCGAUUUGAAGAUUUUUCAAGAAAGCUUCCGCAAUAUUUGGUAUUAGAGCUUCAAGGUGGUGGUCUUGGCUCGUGAAACAUACCAAAAAGGUCCAAAAAUCGCAGCAGAAAUCAGAUUGAAGAAGUUAUCCUAAAACAGUUAAAAUCAACCUCCGUUUUUCGCAUUUUCUGAUCAAUCCAAAAGGAGUUUUGGGAAACGGAGACCACUAGCGUGACGUGCAAGUGGAGGCGAACCCUGCAGGGUGGCGCAUAAAGCCCACGCUUAGAGAGUCUCCCAAGUCGAGAUUGUCUCUUUAGGCAGUUUGUUUCUCACAUUAUUUUUGACAUUUUUCGUGUUGAAAGUUUUCUAUUUCAGGGUCUGUAGUAGAAUCUGGACAGCGUUGUUCUUCGGACAUUCGAAAUUCGAUCGUGGCGGCGAUAUGGACAUCACGACACUUUACCGACCGAGUUAAUUUUGGCGUAUAUAACUGCAACAGUUCAGUUUCUAGGCAUCUUUUGGAGUUGAACCUUUGAUUUUGGAGUCAGAGCCACACGACAGAGAUUGUUAGUAUGACUCACUUUGUAGAGCAUGUAGUCAGUAUUUUGGGACGCAUGUUCAUAUUUAGAUGUGAUUUUGCAUCACUUGUAAAUGAUUAGGGGGCUCACUAUGUAUUUUGUAUCUACAUGUAUAUCUCAUUUUAUUUCUUGGUAAAAGUUGAGAUUUCGACUUAUCUUUAUUGUGUUGUGCUAUAGUUUGGAAUUUGUGUGAAACUGAUCACAGGUUGGUUAAUCCUAUUUACAGGGGAGAUAACGUCGAAAUUUCGUUAGAAAAAUGAUAUAUAAAAAGUGAUAUAUUGUAUUUGUAGUAGUCUUAAUGGUGGAUCCGACUUUUAAUUGGUAUCUAUCAUCGGUGCAUGCCACGUCCGGACCUAGUGAUGUUACACGGGGCGAGGUGUGUCAGUUUGGUAUCAGAGCAUGCAUUAGAGUCCAUAGGUUUGCAUUGUAUAUACAUACAUUCUAAUGUUUAGCAUAUCAUGCAUAACUGUAAGUGAGUCAUGCCUCGUGGUGGCAAAACUCGAAGGCUCCAAGAUAUGUUGCCCCUGUCUCACAUUGCUCCUCAUAGAAAUGAACCUAGAGAGUUCGAGAGGGUAGAAAAAUCAGUUCACCAGCCUCUUGAACAACGAGGACAGGGAAAUGUGAUUGGAACCAAUCCUAUGGCUGUUGAAAGAAUUGCGAUUGCUGUUGCAUCUGCUAUGCAUAAUACUGACAGAGAUUUUAGUAUUGAGAGGGCUACAAAAUUAGGGGCUAAAGUUUUCACUGGCACAGUUGAUCCUGCAGUUGCACAGGCAUGGAUGACUAAGAUAGAGACAGUAUUUGAUGUUAUGGGUUGCUCAGAUGAUCGGAAGUUGUGUCUUGCCACUUUCUUGUUAGAGGAGUGUGCAUAUGAUUGGUGGCAAUCGGUACGGAGCACAUAUCUAGAACCUUCCAUCAUCACUUGGACAGAUUUUCGUCAUAUCUUUUACGAUGCCUAUUACCCUCGAUCCUAUAAAGAUGUAAAGUAGGAGGAAUUUCUGAAACUAGUACAAGGCCAGAUGACUAUUGUAGAAUAUCAGGUGAAAUUUAUUAAACUUUCAAAGUAUGCCCAAGUUCUGGUAAGUAACGAAAUGGAUAAAUGUAGACGAUUUGAAAAUAGGUUAAGGGAAGAAAUUCGGUUAGUAGUAAUAGCUGCAGGUUGGAAUGAAUUUGGUAAAUUGGUGGAAUCAGCCUUGAGAGUAGAAAAGAGCAUUUCUAAUAGGCCAAGUGGUAGAGAACAAACAAUGUUCAGAGCAAGCAGUAGUCAGACAAUGGCAAGUGCUUCUAGCUAUAGACCACCACGGAGGGACAGUAGAGGAUUUCGACCUGGUGUGUCCAAUUCAGGUCAAUCCAAAUCUCAAUUCCGAGGAAGUCAGGGUCCUAGAUUCAGUUCCAGUACUGUACAGCAGCCAUUGGCCAAUCGUAAUUAUACUCAAGGUUCUUUCCAGAGAUCAUUUACUCCGAGAUAAGGAGAGAGUUCUACUAGUGUCAGAUUUUCUUCUUGCCAGUUAUGUGGAAGAUCUCAUCCUGGAGAGUGUUUAAAGUUCAAGGGAGUUGGUGUUUGUUAUCACUGUGGCCAAGAAGGACAUUUGAAAAGGAACGACCCAGUUGUAUUCCAAGAGAGUGGCAUGGCACAGAGGAUGUUUCCAUAGGAGAGUGCUGGUAGUACAAGACAGAAUCAGACUCAAAGAGAUGAUUCAGCUAACAGAGCGGGUGCAAACAAUGUGGCCCAGUCUAAUAUCGCAAGCGGUAGUGGUACAAAAUCAAAAGGGCAGGCAGGAUGACCGAAGACCCAGGGCAAAGUUUUUGCUAUUACUCAGCAGGCAGCAGAGAAGUCGUCAGAUGUUAUCAUGGGUAUGUUGUCUAUUUUUGAUAAAAAUACUCGUAUUUUGAUUGAUCCUGGAUCUACACAUUCUUUUAUGUCAUUUGCAUUUGCUUUAUGUGAGAAUCAAAGGUCAGAACCUCUAGGCAGUUGUUUGGUAGUGAAUACACCAGUAGGAGAAUCACUAUUAGCAAAUAAUAAAUAUCGAGAUUGUGGGAUUAAGGUAAAGGAGAACGAGUUGAAGGCAAAUUUAAUACCUCUAGACAUACAUGAUUUCGAUGUUAUCUUGGGUAUGGACCUUCUGGCAACAAAUCAAGCUUCAGUUGAUUGCUUUCGAAGGGAGGUUGUGUUUAGACAGCCAGGACAGCUUGAAGUUAUAUUCAAUGGACAGCGCAGAAUUUUACCGUGUUGUGUGAUAUCUGCUAUUGACGCUAGAAGAUUAUUCAACAAAUGCUGCCAUGCAUAUUUGGCUCAUGUGAUUGAUACGAGUGCUAGAAAAUUAAAACUUGAAGACAUCCCAGUGGUCAAAGACUUUCUUGAUGUAUUUCCAAAAGAAUUACCGGGCUUACCACCAGACAGAGAUAUGGAGUUUACUAUAGAUCCGAUUCCAAGAAUUGUACCUAUUUCACGGGCACCAUAUAGAAUGGCACCAGCAGAAUUGAAAGGAUCAGUUGCAAGAGUUGGUAGACAAGGGUUUCAUUAGACCUAGUGUAUAUCCGUGGGGAGCACCAAUUUUGUUUGUGAAAAAUGAAUUU